AUGGACUACAGCAUGGAAGAUACGCAGAACUCAGCGCCCGAGGCGCAGCAAGCCAACAAGCUGAACACCUCCGGUCAAAAAACCGACACCCAGAGCGUAACCAAACGCCUGCAAGCUGAGCUUAUGCAACUCAUGCUCUCACCCUCCCCCGGCAUCUCCGCCUUCCCGGACGCAGACGGCAACCUCCUCUCUUGGACAGCAACUAUCACCGGUCCGACCGAGACUCCCUACGAGGGCCUCACACUGAAACUAUCCUUCGAAUUCCCAAACAACUACCCCUACUCGCCCCCGACAGUCCUUUUCAAGACCCCAAUCUACCACCCCAACGUCGACUUCUCCGGCCGCAUCUGCCUCGACAUCCUCAAGGACAAGUGGAGCGCCGUCUACAACGUCUCGAGUGUCCUGCUCAGCUUGCAAAGCUUGCUGGGCGAGCCUAACAAUGCAAGCCCCCUGAACGCCCAAGCAGCCGAGCUUUGGGACUCGGACCAGGCGGAAUUCAAGCGCCACGUUCUCGCACGUCAUCAAGAUCUGGACGAUGAAUAG